AUGGAAGGGACGACGCUGUCAACAAGACUAAUCCUUGGCCGUUCAAACCCACGCCCAAAACCACGACGAUCAUCACAUGACGAAGUUUCGACAGUGUUAGCUUUGUGGGAUCCGACUUGGCCUACAAGUUUUAGUACAAAUAAUGAUAACAACACGAAGCGAAAAGUGGACCAAGUACCCGACCAACCCUGUCCUGCUAGUACUACCCCUCAUGAUCGUGAUCAGACGACUAAUAGUUCAUCAAAACGUCAAAAACUAGUGUCGACGCUUUCACACUUUCCCACUGGUGAUUUCUUUCGCGAUCGCAUCCAUGAGAAUAACAUGACGAACAAUAAUAAAAAUACUGCAACAAAGGAGGAGCAGAUGAAGAGGAAGAAAAGAGAUGAACUUGUUAUUGCCAAUCUAAAUUUUAAGGAUUCUUGGGGAAUCAAGAAGAAAUUGACAGCUAGAGAUCUCAGACACUUCUACAUGCCAGCAAGCUUGAUGAACAAACAUAUCCUCCCUCACGUGGACGACAAGUUUACAAAGUCGUUUGAGAACGGACAGGGUGCACAAAUUACGUUUCAUGACGGCGAUACACACACAACACAUCAUCUUUACGUUUUGAAGCAGAGCGACAACAGUUACGUUUUGGUUUGGCACCCGGCAUUCGUCAAGAGGAGACAGUUGAAAGAGGGUGAUGAAAUUGGACUUCACUGGUUCAAAACAAAUUCCAAACCCGUCUUCUUGUUUUCUCUACUUGAACGGGGCAACCAAACAGCGCCCUGCACCUCUUGGAACCCUUGA